AGAAAGCCGGGAUUUUGUCGCUGUGCGUUUGCAGUUUAGUAAAUUCAUUGUAUAAGCAAUGGGUAAAAGAAGAUUUAAUGAGAAAGGCCGUCGGCAGGUGGAAACAAUUGUCGAUGAUUCAGAAACGAAAAAGAUUAAAUUAGAGUUCGCCGCAGACCAAGAAUACGGCGUAGAGGAUAAUGCGAACGUUUUAGUGCUACCGUCGAAGAAGCGCGCUACAAAAAUAAAAUCCGACAAGGCAGUAGUUACGAAAAUACUAUCGAAAAAGCAGCGCAAACGAUUGGAGAAGAUUGUCGAUCAGAAAAAGAAGAAAGAAAAUCGAUCCAAUCUGAUCGCUUCCCUCAUCCAGGUGCAGGCCACAAAAGAAGAACUAAGUGGCUACCGUAAAUUGAGCGACGUGCAAACGAAAGGUCUCAAGCAGCGCUUCAAGGAACAAAAGUUUGGCGUAACGAUGGUGGAGAAAAGUGUGUCCAACGCCAGAGAUCAGUCGGUGGCGAAGCUCCGAAGUUUGGUCGGUAGCCGGCGGAAAAGGUUGGCACUGUUGCGCCAAAGUGGACGCUUGCUGGGAGAUGACGAGGCUGAGGAAGGGGAGACGGAACGAGAUCCGAAUGUGGUUGGCUUAGACGAGACAUCGUCCAGCGAGGAUGAAAGUGAGGAAGAAGAAAUGGACGAAGGGGAGUCUUCGUCGGAGGAAGUAGUAAAAGCGGAAGACUCUGUUGGUUGGACUGUGGAAGAACAGAUUGACAAUGAAACCCAACCAGAGGAUGGCGAUAAACCUGGAAAUCUAGUCGACACAGUUAGCGAACCUGAAGAUAAACCGAAAACUGCAACUCCAGCAAUUGUGGACCGAAAACCGGCCACCUACAUCCAUGUUGAGCGCGAUUCGAGCAUUCAAGCAGCACGGUUAAAGCUCCCCAUACUGGCCGAAGAGCAGGUGAUUAUGGAAACGAUAAGUGAGAAUAAAAUUACAAUUCUUGCUGGUGAAACGGGAAGCGGCAAAACGACCCAGAUCCCUCAAUUCCUCUACGAGGCUGGCUACGCCGAACGAGGCCUGAUCGGUAUAACCGAACCACGGCGUGUGGCGGCCAUUUCGAUGUCGAAACGCGUGGCGCUGGAAAUGAACCUCUCGACCGAUGUCGUCUCCUACCUCAUCCGGUACGAGGGCAACGUGACCGAUCGGACGAAGAUAAAGUUCAUGACGGACGGUGUGCUGCUGAAGGAGAUAGAGGUGGACUUUUUGCUCAACAAGUACUCCUGCAUUAUACUGGACGAGGCUCACGAACGGAGUGUGUACACGGACAUCCUGAUGGGGCUACUGUCGAGGAUUGUCCGACUGCGCGAGAAACGUGGUACCAAUCCGCUUCGGUUGAUAAUUAUGUCGGCGACGUUACGCGUGCGUGACUUUACGGAAAAUAAGAAACUCUUUCUUGAUGUACCACCCGUCAUAAGCAUUGACUCGCGACAGUACCCCGUGACCGUACACUUCAACCGGACGACACCGGCCGAUUAUUUACGCGACGCAUUUCUGAAGACGGUGAAAAUUCACACUACGCUACCCGAUGGAGGAAUAUUGGUUUUUCUUACCGGCCAGAAGGAGGUGAACACCAUGGUACGGAAGCUGCGGAAGAUGUUUCCGGCGCUAGACGCUGGUGAGCGGAGCACUGACGCUACGGCGGGUGAACGUCGGGAGGAAGCCGGUGUAGAGGAUGAAGAUAAUUUUGAUAACAUUCUGCGGGGUAAGAAAGCUCGCAAGAAGUCUCAAACGCAGGGCAAGAAAAACCGCAGGCCGUCCUUAAUGGUUCCGCGGCUUCCUCAGAUCGAUUUAGAUGCGUACGAUCUGCCCCAUGCGGACGAUACGGAGGGUGAUCUGCGGGACGUUAACGACUCUGGUAGCGAGCUUGACGAUGAGGAUGGCAUGGAUCUACGCGACGAGGACGACCUGGACGGUGUAUCGGAACUGAAGAAAAACCAACCCCUAUGGGUGUUGCCGCUGUACGCGAUGCUUCCGCCGGACAAGCAGCAGCGCAUUUUCCAACCUCCCCCACCGGGUGCCCGAUUGUGCGUGGUGGCAACGAACGUGGCCGAAACGUCCCUUACCAUCCCGGACAUAAAGUACGUGGUCGAUUGUGGCCGACAGAAGACGAAGCUGUACGACAAAACGACCGGCGUGACGGCGUUCGUGGUGACGUACACCAGCAAAGCGUCCGCCAAUCAGCGUGCGGGACGUGCGGGUCGUGUCGCACCGGGCCACUGCUAUCGGCUGUACUCAAGCGCCGUCUUCAACGACGAGUUUGUCGAGUACGCUCCACCGGAGGUGCAGCAGAAACCGGUCGAUGGACUGGUGCUGCAGAUGAAGUGCAUGGGGAUCGACAAGGUGAUCAACUUUCCCUUCCCGUCGCCACCGGAUCCGGUGCAGCUGCAGGUCGCCGAGCAGCGGCUGUUGAAGCUCGGAGCGCUGGAAGAAAUCAUUCUGCAGGGUGAUGCACCGGGCAAGAAAUCACAGACGCUUACCCGCGUGACCGACUUGGGCCGCACGAUGGCUGCGUUUCCCGUUGCGCCUCGCUUUGCCAAAGUUUUGGCCCUCAGCCAUCAGCAUGCGCUACUGCCGUACGCGAUAUGUCUCGUGGCGGCACUGUCAGUGCAGGAGGUGCUGGAAGAAAUCGCCCUCACGGAGGACGGCCCACAGAAUGAGAAUAGCAAGCGGUGGCGUCAGAAGCGAAAGGGUUGGGCUGGCCAGGGCGAAUCGUUACUGCUCGGUGAUCCGAUGAUACUGCUGAAAACGGUCGGGGCAGCCGAGCACGCUAACAGCAAGGGGCUGUUGGAGGCGUUCUGCGUGGAGAACGGAAUACGCGUGAAAGCGAUCCGGGAGAUACGCAAACUGCGCGUCCAGCUCACGAACGAAGUGAACGCGAAUCUGCGCGAAAUGGACCUGUCGGUCGAUCCGAACAUGCCACCACCGACGACGCUGCAGAUUCGCCUUCUGCGCCAGCUGCUGCUGAUCGGUAUGGCCGAUCAGAUCGCCCGCAAACUGCCGGAUGCUGAGAUCAAACUGAAGGCGGAUGCCCGUCGAUUGAAACAUGCCUACAACCUACCGACGAUCGACGAGCCGGUCUUCCUGCACGCCAGCUCUGUCCUGCGCCGGGAGCUUCCACAGUGGGUGUGCUAUCAGGAGGCGUACGAAACGAUCGUACCGGUAGGAGGCGAUGAAGGUGGCAGCAAAACGAAGAUGUUUAUCCGCGGUAUUACCGCCAUCGAGCCAGAAUGGUUGCCGAAGUUUGUACCGAAUGUGUGCAACAUUAUGGACGUGCUGGAGGAACCGAUCCCACCCGUCUACAAUGCGGAAAAUGACUCGAUCGAAUGUCACGUGAAGGCAACGAUCGGCAAAACGAGCUGGGAAUUGCCGAGCUCGUUGGUGGAGAUGCCGAGGAAUAUGUUACGGUGCAAAUACCUUCUGAAGUUCAUCCUGAUGGGAGAUAUUUUUAAACAACUUAAAACGUUUCGUAAAUCACUUCUGUCUUCGCCAGACUCGGUGCUAAAGCAAUAUGCUUCGGCCGUGCCACGGAUCGAUGCAGCGUUGAAGGUGCUCUUUGCUAACGAAGUUUUUAACGCCAGCCGGUUGCGGGAUCUUUGGCGUGUGGAUUCCAAGUUUUUCCUCAACGAGUACAACGGAUUUCUACCCAUUUCGUGUCAAGAUGAUGUUGCAAAGCUGUGGCCGCCUUCAAGUUGAGUUGUGGUAUCACAGUAUGAUAAAUCAAUCAAUCAAUAAUUAAAAAACAAAAAUAAAUAUAUUAAACG